AUGAUAGCCAAUUAUUUUAUACCCCAACUUCGAGAGCAUCCAGCCUACAGCUCAAGAACGUGGUUUCAGCAGGAUGGAGCCACUUGCCACACUGCAAGAGCCACUAUGGACCAAAUUCGUAAAUUGUUUCCUCAAAAAUUGAUAUCCCGCUUUGGUGAUAUUGCGUGGCCUCCGCGAUUACCAGAUUUGACCCCAUGGACUUUUUCCUAUGGGGGUACCUUAAGAGUAAAAUUUACGUCAAUACCCCGAGGAAUAUCGCUGAGCUAA